AUGGAGGGUCUGGCGGGGGUGGAGAUGAAGGGGGGGAGACGGGAAGGGAAGGGAGACGGCGGCAAACCGUCCGCCAUCGUGGUCGGGCGACAGAGGGGCGAUCGGCCACCCAGGUCCAGUAACCCGGGUAACCGGGGAAUCCCUUACACGUCCAAUCAAGUUCCCCCACACCUUCAGCCAACUAGCAAGCUCCAUCUGGCCGCAGCCAAUCAGCAGCAUCAUCACCAGGCCCCGUCCAAUGCGCUGCAGAAGAAGCGGGCCCACAUGGAGCGCAGCAUGACCACUGUGGCGCCCCUGGAAGACACCCACCUGACCAUGAUGGUGUUCCGCAUCGGAAUCCCCGACAUCAAACAGACAAGGUGUCUCCAGUUCGACCCUGAUGACAUGGUGUGGAGCGCCAAGCACCAGGUCAUCUGCACCCUGAGCGAGUCGUUGUGGGACGUCUACAACUACGGCCUGUUCCAGCCAGCGGGAGACGGCCGGGACGCCAAGUUCCUGGACGAGGAGCGAGCCCUCCGAGAAUACCCACAAUCCUUUGAGAAGGGGGUGCCCUAUCUGGAGUUUAGGUACAAGACCAGGGUUUAUAAACAGACAAACCUUGACGAAAAAUUACUUGCAAAACUUCACACCAAGGCAAGCUUGAAGAAGUUCCUGGAUUACAUUCAGGCUGGCUCCAUUGAGAAAAUCUCAAAGGUGCUGGAGAAGGGUCUUGACCCAAAUUACCAUGACCCUGACACCGGAGAGAGUCCCCUGUCUGUGGCCAUGCAGUCGGCUCUGUCUGUGGAAGGCAUCAGGAUUCUGGUUCUGGGCGGGGCCCAUGUGGACUUCAGAACCAGAGAUGGACUGACAGCCAUACACAAGGCUGUCAUAGCACACAACCAUGCUGGGCUGCUGGCUCUGCUGUCCAUGGGAGUGUCACCUGAUUACCGGGACCGCUGUGGCCUGACCCCGCUGUACCACGCCCUGCUGACAGGGGGCGACACCUCCUGCUGUGAGACUCUGCUCUACUACAGGGCCAAGCUGGGAGUGAGGGAUGAGAACGGCUGGGAGGAGUCUCACCAGCUCAGGGAUGAAGAGGAGUUUGGAAUGCAGGAAAUACACAAGGCCUGCCAAUACGGCUUUGCCCAGCACCUGGAGCAUCUCCUGUUCUAUGGGGCAGACACGACUGCUCAGAACGCCUCAGGAAACACACCACUUCACAUCUCUGCCCUCUACAACAAGGAGAGCUGUGUCCGAGUUCUUCUGUAUCGGGGAGCCAAUAAGGAAGCCAAGAACAAACAUGGGCAAACCCCCUUCCAGGUAGCGGUCAUGGCCGGCCAUUUUGAACUCGGGGAAAUUAUCAAGAACCAUCAAAACACAGACACGGUGCCCUUUCUGGAAUCCCCAAAGUACGCCCCCAAACGGAGGGAGAGCACCCGCGCUCUGCCUCUGUCUUUGCCCCUGCCCCACCCCCACCCGCUCCUCCGCGCCAACAGUGACAACAGCAUGACCCUGCCUGAGCAAGCGGCCCCGCCCAACAAAGCACCAGCCAAUCCCGUACAGGCUCAGCGCAGGGUGUCUCUGGGAGGGCGGAGCUCCAGCAGCCCCCGGGUCAGGACCCGCUCGCCCUCCAGAGGGGGCGGGCAGAGCGACACGGAGGAGAGGCUACGGCAGCCCCGCGGCAGACAGGGUGGCGCCGCGGGGAGCGGCGGGGGUGUGUCCAGUGGUCAGAUGAAGCGAAUGUACAGUGCCGUCCCCGGGCGUGUGUACGUGGCCACGCGGGCGUACACUUCCCACGGCGACAGAGAGCUCUUGCUCAGCAAGGGGGACAAGGUCAAAGUGUUGAGUGUAGGCGAGGGGGGCUUCUGGGAGGGCACAGUGAAGGGUCGGACUGGUUGGUUCCCGUCAGAGUGUGUGGAGGAGGUAGCCGUUCCCACUAAGGACCGAUCAGGUGAGACACGUUCAG